UGAAAUAUAUGGGCUUACCUACAGAUAAUACUCAGUUCCCACUUUCCUUAUUUAUACAAUCGACCGCUUAGUCAGUUCAUCGAAAUAGUUUUGCGAUUAUUGUUUCAUGUAACGCCAGUAAAUUAUGUCUCGUAUAUUAUUUGUAGUUAUUUUGUCCAUAACUGUUUUAAAUAUAACUGAAGGAAAAUUAAAAAAGAAGAACACGCCGCCACAUUGCACCCAAGUAACGAAAGAUACAGAUUACGUUUCUCGGUUUAAGUUGGAUUAUCCCACAGCCUAUAUCAUUCCCGGCCAGCGCGAAGCUUAUCAACAGAUGUACUGCAUGAACCCGCCAUCUGUGAACAAGGAGGUCACGGUUGUGUGCGAUUGGGCCGCGCCUCCGCAGGUGCAAUUUACUCUAGGAGACGAUUACAUGCACGUCGUACGCCAAGACCCUAGCGGACGCUUCCUUGGCAACGCCGUCAUCACAACUUACCAGCUCUGCAGCCACAACUUAUCGAGCGAACUAUCCACAGAAUUGGCUAAUUCUGGUGUAAUAAUAACAGAAUUGUCUCCACCAUGACGUGCUUAACCUUUUUUUAAAUACAAAUAUAUACCUAAUACAUUCAUUAUUAUUAGUUUUUAUAAAAAAACAAAGCGUAACCAAUACCGAGUAUAAUUAAAAUGUAACAAUAAAAUAUAGUUGACUUCAAA